CCCAAUCAUUGGUCACUUGUUGACUUUGAUUUAUGGGCAAUAUCAAAUGUCGCCGGCGUACAGCAAAAAAUAGCCCACCAAGCGUUUUACAAAUAUUUAAAUCGUGUUCUUGAUGAAUCAUCCACCCAAGAACAUAUUAUGUACGCUCGUCGCCUCCUGAAUAAUAAAAAGAGAUUGAUAGCCACAUUCUACCUAAUCACUUGCUGCCCUUUACUGAUUGCGGAUUGGGAGGGUGGGCAAGCGGAGAUUCUCCACUUACUUUUUGCCAACAUUUUUGCUCUACGUUUCCUUGCGUCCAAUCAUGUUGCUAACACCCUUUCCUCUUUCCUUCACGUUGGCAAGGAGAAUAUCAAAUCGAUCAGAAACCUUUGGAAAAACAAAGCAGUCCUCGGCAAGGUGAAUCAGGCUGUAGAAAUGGUUAAAGCGCAUAAUAUGCUUGACCGAGUUACGAAAAACCGUGUCGAAGAACUUAUUGAUUAUGAGAUGAGAGUAAGUCAAUUAUUAACGGUUGAUUUAUUGUAUGGAAUAGCUCUAAUGCUUAUGCUGGUUCAGCCCCAAAAUGACAAAGAUGACGAAAAUCCCUUCCUAGAUUAUGACGAAAAUCUUCUGCAGGAUGACGUCAAUAAGGAGAAUGAGACGGGAGUAUCAGGGGACAAUUUUCCAGAUUUCGGACGUCAAAUGAAAAAAAGAAGAACGGAAUGGCUUUCGACUCCCCAUAAGCCAAUUCUCACUCUAGACAUGUUCGAUAUAAUGAUUCCGAAAGUUGUUCCAGGAAUGAAAUCCCUAAAAAAGGUUGUUGCUGAAAAAUUCUUUGAUAUAGCUAACGAAAUUGAAUAUCACGAGAGAGAACAGAAACAAUUAACUAGUUUAGGAAAGGUGCUUUCAGAAUGGCUACGAAAAGUGUUGUCGUCGUUCGAUGGAAAAGAGCUACCCAAACAUCUUUCACAGCCACUUCAAGACUUAACAAACCGUGAACAAAAACUACGAGAUAUAUUUGAGACAACGUUACAGGAAUUCUUUAUGAUGAUAAAACAUUGUCAAAAUCAUAGGCUCCCUAGGCACAAUUCGGAGAGGAAAUUUUUGGUGGAAAGGGUGAUAACGCCAUUCAAAUUAGUUGAAUACAUGUUUGGUGACGUCACAAUGUUCUGGAUAGAAAAGGAAAUUAUGUCGACUAAAGCCGUGGAGUUUGUCGACGAUCCCACUGGAGAAUUAACGAUCAAGAGAGCUGAUGCUCUCGGGAUAGACCUCGUGUACAAUACUGAUGUCAUGAAUAUGGAGUCUUCUGGUGGUCCAUUGCAACAAAAUCGUAAGCACACGCUUGGCGACUCAAAGAAAAUAACUGAUACAGGUGCAGAUAUUCUUUACGCCUGCCUUCGAAAGUACCUCGAUGCUAGUAUCGAGACAGCAAUGAAACUGAAAACAUACAAGGAUCGUAUAACACUCAUUGAAAUAUCUCUCUACAAACCCCGGGUCUUCAAGGCAGUUGAGGUCCGAAGUGCUGUCUUCCCAUUUGCGUUGCGUUCUGUAGGAGAGUACAUGAGAGUGUUCGAGCUUAUAUCGUAUUUUGUGGAUGGAUUGAUAAAACGCCGAGAAAUAAUGUAUAAACUAUCUAAUGAAGCGAGUGGCCUAAUGGAGUUAACCUCAGAAAGUUUGAAAAACUGGUGGGGUGAAGAAUGA